AUGUGGAGGCGCAAGCAGGCGAGACUCCAGCACAUCAACUUGGAGGAGGACCAGGGUGAGCAGCCUCGGCAGCAGUCGACUCAAGAGUUGGCAGAUGCGGCCCCAGCAGCACCGGCGGCGGGGGAGCAGGGUGAGUGGGGCUGGAGUGCCCACUGGGGCAGUGUAGUUUCCCAGACGUUCGCGGGACCCUCGAAGGCACGGGCUGCCUGCGAUGCGCUGCGGCUUCUAGUGUGGAUUCUGGAACCGGGAGGGUGGAGGAGGGUCGCACCCUUGAAAGACGCCCUGGAGGAGGGCGAUCUGUUGCACGCGCCCCGCCCAGGCCAAGUAGGGGAGAGGGCGCGACCUCUGCCCACCCGCAGGGGUUGGGGUGCUGGCCACCCGCGCUGUGGAGGGGGCUGGAGCGCCCUGAGAGAUUUAGAUGAAGAGGUUCUAGGGAAGCAAGUUGGAAAUGAUGUUGGCACUUGCUGUUCUGGGAACAUUCUUCUUGUCAGCCCAAGCAGUAAGGAUGGUCACCAGAGGAGCAGCGGCAGUGCCAAGGAGAAGGAGAAGCAAACCCAGCCUGUCAUGUACUUGAAGGCAGAGGCUGCCCUGCCACCCUCCCCUCAGGACAUAAGCUAUUUACACAAAGGCAAAGUGGCCAACACUAACGUGACUCUGCAGGCACUCCGGGGCACCAAGGGUGCCCCGCCCACCACAGUGCCCAGUGCCCAUGACAUCCCGUGGGUCCUGGACCAGAUCCUGUGCCUGAAGCAGCAGCAGCUCCAGCAGCUGCACCUUACCGAGCAUAUCCACUUGCAGGUGAACAUGUGGGCGGCACAUGCCCUGCACUCCAGGGUGGCAGACAUCCUGAAGACCUUGGGCAGCCACGUGUCCCAGCAGGUGUCCGCCACCAUGGCUCUGCUCAGCCAGAAGGCCGGAAGCCAAGAUCUGUCUCUGAAUGCCUUGAAAAAAGCCAAGCUACCUCAUGCCAACAUCCCUUCCACCGCUGGCUCUCUGUCCCCAGGGCUGACCCCCUUUGCCCUGAAGCCAGACAGGUCGAGGGUGCUCUUGAAUGUCGUGUCUCAGUUCCCAACCACUUUGCUACCUCAGGCCCCAGGUUCUGUGCUCUUCCAGAGCCCUUUCUCCACCAUGGCCCUAGACCCAUCCAAGAAAGGGAAAGGGAAGCCACCAAACAUCUCCACUGUGAAUGUCAAACCGAAAGAGGAGGCGGCCCUCUUCAAGCACAUGUGUAAGUACUGUAGCAAGGUUUUUGGGAAUAAUAGCUCCUUGCAGAUCCACCUCGUCUCCCAUACUGGAUAAAGACCCUUCGUGUGAUCUGUCUGUGGUCACUGCUUCACUACCACGGGCAACCUCAAGGUACACUUUCACCGACACCCCCAGGUGAAGGCGAACCCCCAGCUGUUUGCCGAAUUCCAGGACAAAAUGGCAGCAGGCAAUGGCAUCCCCUAUGCACUAUCUGUCCCCAUCCUUGUAGAUGAAUCAAGUCUCUCUUUAGAUAGAAAACCUGUCCUUGUAACAGGGACCCCUUGUGUGGGGAUACCUCAAAAUCUCUCUCUGGGGGAUAACCCCAAGGACAUCCUGGGUGGCCCGCUGCCCAGCGAUCUACAGCCUGGGCCUUCUCCAGAAAGUGAGGGUGGACCCACACUAUCUGGGGUCAGACCCAACCAUAAUUCCCUAAGGGUUGGUAGCUUCCAGGGGAGUGGGACCCCCGAGCCAGGGUCAGAGACCCUGAAGUUACAGCAGCUUGUGGAAAACAUCGACAAGGCCACCACCGACCCCAACAAAUGUCUCAUUUGCCACCGAGUCUUAAGCUGCCAGAGCUCUCCCAAGAUGCAUUACCGCACCCACACCUGGGAGAGGCCUUUCCAGUGCAAGGUCUGUGGCCGAGCUUUUUCUACCAAAGGCAACUUGAAGAUGCAUCUUGGGGUUCACCGAGCCAACACAUCUGUAAAGACCCAGCUUUCAUGCCCCAUCUGCCAGAAGAAGUUUACCAAUGCUGUCAUGUUGCAGCAGCACAUCCGGAUGCACAUGGGUGACCAGAUUCCCAACAUGCCUCUGCCAGACAUCCCCUGUGACUUUACAGGUUCUGAGCCGAUGAUGGUUGGGGAGAGUGGCAGCACAGGUGCCUCCUGCCCCGAGGAGGUCGAGAGCAUUGAUGUAGAUGAAAUAACGUCCCAGGAUACCCCCGCUGGCUCGUCAAAGGUCCCUGCACCUCUUCCCAGCACCCACUUGGCAUCACCCACCCUGGGGUUCCCUGUGAUGGCUUUUCUAGAUGCCCCAGUGAAAGAAGGUCCUGCCCCUGGGGGCCUGCAGUGCCAGAGCAGCUGAGAAAAUGGCUCAGUGGAGAGUGACGGCCUGACCAAUGACUUGUCCUCGCUCGUGGGUUACCAGGAGUAUCAGAGCCGAAGCCCAGAUGCCAUGGAAACCAUGUCCUUCCAGGCUGUGUCCCCGGCCAAUAGCCAAGCAGAAAGCAUCAAGUCCAUGUCUCCUGGUGCUGGGGCCAAAGCUGAGACCUCCGAGAACAGCUGCCACGAGAUGGAAGGUCGUAGCAGUCUCCCAUCUACAUUUAUUCAAGCACAGCCCACCCAUGUCAAAGUUGAAGUUCCUGGCACAUUUGUAGGAUCCUCCACCAUGUCCCCAGGCAUGACACCUUUGUUAGCGGCCCAGGCACGCUGACAGGCCAAGCAACAUGGCUGCAGGCCAUGUGCGAAGAACUUCUCAUCCGCCAGUGCCCUUCAGAUUCACGAACGCAUGCACACUGGCUUAGCAUGUGUCCACUAUAUGACACAUAGGGCAAACAAUAACUCAGCUCACCGCAGGAGGAACCUGGCCAUUGAGAACACCAUGGCCCUGUUGGGUACGGAUGGAAAGAGAGUCUCCGAAAUAUUUCCCAAAGAAAUCCUGGCACCCUCGGUACAUGUGGACCCUGUCCCUGUUGUGUGGAACCAGUACACCAGUGUGCUCAAUGGUGGCCUGGCCAUGAAGAACAAUGAGAUCUCUAUGAUCUAG